AACAUUUUUGGGAGUAACUUAAUAUUGUGAUGCAUUACUUUUAAAAGUAACUUUCCCCAACACUGGACAUGAUAUCUUGUUAUUAUGAUAGAUUACAUAAUAUCUCUUUAUAUGAUAUGUAAAAUAAUAUUUGGCACUGGCAGCAAUGCAGGAUGCUCCGGGCGUUUCUCAAGAUUGGAAUGUUUGGGGAUUUUUGGACUCGGUGACUAUAAAGAGUGAAGUUUGAUCAGUUUGACAGAAACUGGGACAUUAGCUUAAUUGCUUGUUUCUUGUGUUAUUGCUGAAGACUUGGUGCCUUUGAUUGAAAGUAUUAGUUGCGAACUUUAUGCAUUGGACAAGAAGUCUGAAUGCUAAUAUUCUAACCUUAGCUUCAGGACAGCCCACGGAAGGAGUCUUCUGAGAAAUAUGUGUUUACGGAAGGAAACAGGCAAAGAGACGAAGGAGGAGCAAAAGGGAAGACGGCAGAAAGGCUCACAUAAGCAAAGAAGAGCUCAUCAGAACUACGUACAACAGUAAUGAUCGAAAUGAUUAAGGACCAAGAACGGACCAAGAAAAUUAAUACGAGAAAUGGAAAGGGCCGCAACUGAACCCAAUAAAGGGGCAAAUUUAAGAAAUAUGAUGGAAGAAGUUGAAUCUUUAAUCAAAUCUGUUCUAGAAGGAAUUUAGUUGAUUUUUCUUUCUAUAUGAUAGUAACUUGUGUGUUUUGUGGUUGCUUCAUGUCAUGAACUGCUUGCUUAAGAAAGGAAGUCUGGGCAUAACUAAAGAGAGAAGCAAACAGAUUUGUGUCCGAAUAAGGAAAGAGGCUGAAAGUCCCCUGGUGUCAUCAUGGGGGGUUUUAGCAUUAUAAAUGUGGGAGGCCCAGUUAGAUCUGGGCCGUUCCUCAUGGUGAAGACUACUCGUAUUUUUAUUUCUGUUGCUGAUAUUGUUUGUUAUGAAAAACUUUGUUCAUUAAACCGAAGCCAUCUGUCUAUGGCGAUUCGUAAACUUUCUGUUAAAUAAGUCUCUGAGUGAGUUUAUUUAUUGAAACGAGAUAGUUUGUUUUUGGACAAAUCAUAGACCAGCGCCUCAGAGCCGGAUCCAGCUGAGCCCAGCCCGGACACCGCCCAAGGUUACUGAAUACAUAGCAACGCGCUCAAUUGAGAGAAUGAUGAACUGCUGCGGUCUCGUCACUAAAGAAAAACAGCCAGUUUCUCUGAAGAGCAUCGGAGUUGAGGUGCAGGUGAAGAGUCAUGUAGCUACAGUCACCUCCACUCUGCAGUAUGUGAAUGAGGAAGAGCGCCACCUGGAGGCCUUGUUUGUGUUUCCUCUGCCUGCUGAUGCUGCUGUCUGUCACUUCAGUGCCAAGAUCGGAGAUCAGGAGAUUGUGGCAGAGGUUCAAGAUAGAGAAACUGCGAGGGAUCAGUAUGAUGAUGCUGUGAGUUCGGGUCAGCAGGCGUUUCUGUUGGAAGAGAGUGAAGAAAGUUCUGAUGUGUUCAGACUGAGUGUUGGGUGUCUGUCACCGGGUCAGAACGCUGACAUCACCAUCACAUACAUCACUGAACUCUCUGUGCAGGCCGACCACUCGCUGCGCUUCUGUCUGCCUGCUGUACUCAACCCCAGAUACACACCAGCAGGUUCAGAUGCUGGAAUAGUUUCAGAGAUUUCGUCAUGUGACUCUGUUCCCUACACUUUGACUCUUAGUGUUCAUGUGCGCUCUCCAAACCCCAUCUCCAAACUAGAGUCCAACUGUACUCUGGAUCCUCUUGUGUUCCUCAACUCUGAUCACACUCAGGCAACGGUGAAUCUGAGUUCUGGUCACAAGUUUGAUAAAGAUGUUGAGUUGUUUCUGUACUAUCAGAAUACCCAUCAGCCCACUGCUAUAGUGGAGGCAGGAGUGACCACUGCAAAACCAGGUUCUCUGAUGAGUGACCCAGUGGUGAUGAUAAGUUUGUACCCAGAAUUCCCAAAGGAAGUGAUGUCAUCAUUAGCAUCUCGAGGCGAGUUUGUUUUUGUGAUUGACAGAUCAGGCAGUAUGAGCUCUAUGAUGCAUCAUGGGGAAGGAGCACAGAUGCGUAUAGAAAGUGCAAAGGAAACUCUGCUGUUACUGUUGAAGAGUCUGCCCAUGGGCUGUUACUUUAAUAUCUAUGGAUUUGGCUCUCGUUUUGAGUCCUUCUUCCCUCAGAGUGUUGUGUACAAUCAGGACACAAUGGAUCAGGCACUAAUAAAAGUCAAUGAAAUGACAGCAAACAUGGGCGGCACAAAGAUUUUACAGCCCCUGAAACACAUCUACAGUCAACCCUGUUACCCUGAACACCCCAGACAGUUGUUUGUCUUCACUGAUGGAGAGGUGGGAAACACUAAAGUGGUUCUGGAUCUUGUGAAACUUCAUGCUAAAUCUCACAGGUGUUUCUCAUUCGGGAUUGGUGAGGGUGCAAGUACCGCCCUCAUCACAGGAAUGGCCAGAGAGGGAUCUGGACACGCCCAGUUCAUUACAGGCACAGACCGCAUGCAACCCAAAGUGAUGGAGUCUCUCAGGUUUGCUCUUCAGCCUGCAGUGAACAAGAUCUCAGUACAGUGGAAAGUACCAGAUGGCAUUACUGUUGACACGCUGUCUCCACCCAUCAAUGUGAUCUUUCAAGGUCAAAGGUCACUCAUUUAUGCACAACUUAAAGGACAGAGUUCAGAAAGCUCUGAAGGAUCAGUGAUAGUUCAAUACAACCUGAAAGAUCAACCAGUAACAAACCAGCUUCACUUCUGCCUUAAACCAACUGAGGACACUGGGUUGUCCAUCCACCGUCUGGCGGCCCGGUCUCUGAUUCGCUGUCUGGAGCAGGAGGAGAGGACAGGAGGUGUAGAUGUGGAGGAUAUAAAGAGGAGGAUGGUGGAGAUCAGUGUUGAAGCAGGAGUGAGCAGUGUUCAUACAGCCUUCAUUGCCAUUAAUAAAAACAACAGAGAGGCUUUGAAAGGACCUCUGAUACAGAGAAGAGUACCAACACAAGGGAUGUGUAUGCCGAACAGGUAUAUGCGCAAUAUGGAUGAUGUCUGUUACCUGAUGUGUAUGUCGAACAGGUCUAUGCGCAAUAUGGAUGAUGACGUCUGUAACCGGAGGUCUGCGCCGAACAGGUCUAGAGACAGGACGAAUAGAAACUGUAUGAAGCCCAUGAUGAACAGGCCUAUGCCCAUGAUGGCUAAUGCAUGUGCAAAACCUGAUCUCGAUGAGGAUCUUUUACUUCAGCUGAUUUCUCUUCAAAAGGCUUCAGGCUGCUGGGAACUGAACGCUGCUUUGGCUCGAGUGUUUGGAAAGACUGAAGAUGAGCUGACCAAUCAGAAACCAGCACAGGUGGAUGGGUCAGUGUGGGCCACUCUUCUGUCUCUCAUCUGGUUAUACGGCUAUAAAAUACAACAACAGAUUGAGUGGCAGUUUGUGGCCAUGAAGGCGGCGUCAUGGAUCGGCUCUCAGAACGUGGUCAGUCUGUCUCAGUGUGUGUGUGAUGGGAAUCAUCUACUGGGAUGUCAAGUGAAAGAAGAAACUUUGGGAAUCUGAAGACUUCAGUGUUUCUACUUUCUGCGAUGUCAGAAGGCAUUUAAUCCAUAGUAUUAGCUGCAAGGGGUUAUAUUAUUAUGAAUAUUUUCAUUUAUCCAUGGGGAUCCAAUUUGGUGCUUUGCAACUUUACUACAACUUUCAGAAUUCAAAACCUUCUCUCUGGUCCAACGGGUGUGGGAAAAGGUUAUGAAAUAUAAAUGAUGACUGAUUUGGUGCAAAAAAAAAAAAAAAUUGUUUAAUUAACCACAUAUUUUAAAAAGUGUCUUUCUUCCUGAAUAAAAUGGUAAAUAUAUAUAAAAAAUACUAAAUAUAUAAAUAAAAAAUACUGACAUA